GACGGCUAAAGCUGGAAACCCAACUUAUUACUACGGUGAGUGUCGUCCCAAACGGUUCAGUUCGGUUCGGUACAUCUAGUCCUGUGAUUAAGAUUUCGGGAGUUUAUCGAAAAGUGUGCAGAUUGCGGAUUCAGAACUUCUCGUGAAGUUUGUACGGCUUUCCAACGAACGAUCGUUGAUUUCGAGUAUUGGGUGAAUUGCUGCAUUGCAAUAUCAGUGGUUUCGGUGAAGCAUCUCAGUUGAAUUCUGAAGUGGUGGCAGCAGUAAUUAACACGUGUUAAGUGGUUUCAGUUGUUCCGUUGCUGAGAAACAGAAAAGUUUCAAAGAUCAGCGCCUCAAGAUGCCUCGGAGCAAUGCCGGACUCGAGUACAUGAUCAAGCUCGGUUACACCUUGGUAUUCGUAACGGUCGCCCUCAUGAUCUGGGCUUCCCUGGCGAGGGCACGUGAAAUCGAUUAUCCUUCCUAUUCGCCUUGUAAUUUCAACGCCCUCUGCAAAUGCUCCAGACCUGGGCCCGAUCUUGGCGUCGUGGACUGCAGAAAUGUGCACUUUCCUGCCAUACCGAAGAUCAUCAACAGUUCUAAGCUCUUCAAACUGUACAUGGACGACACAGGGCUUCGUGAUUUGGAGCCGUACUUCUUUCAAUCGACCGGACUCUACAAACUGGACAUUUCCAAUAAUCCGAUCACAGAGAUUCCAGAUGAAGCCUUCCACGGCUUGGAGCGAUCGCUCUGGGAACUGGUUCUGGAAAACAACGAACUCAUCGAAAUCCCAUCGAGAGCGAUACGAGACUUGAAGAAACUACGCCUUCUAGAUCUGGGAGGCAACGAUAUCACCGCCAUCGAAAUCGGCGCUUUCCGAGGGCUGGAGAAGACCUUGCAGACAUUAGUACUAUCCGACAAUUCAAUUUCACAGCUCCCUCCGGGAAGUGUUUCCGGGCUACCCAACCUGGACAGUAUUGACCUCAGCGGGAACAACCUGGCCCAUAUCGACCCAGCCGCCUUCAAGGACGGCCUCGGCAAACUUUCCAAAGUCUUCCUGGGCAACAAUCUACUGUCUCACAUCCCCUACGGCGCUCUUGAACCGCUACGACUUUUACGGGUCCUGGAUCUAUCCCACAACCUCAUCCGAACGCUCGCCUCGGACGAAGACGAACCCAAAGUCAACUACAAGCUAACCCUGGACGUUCUGCAACUGCAGUACAACUCGAUCGAAGAAAUUCCAUCGGAGUCGUUCGGCUUCUUCGAUACCAUAAAUUCCACCUUCCUGGACGGCAAUCCGAUCAACCACAUUGAUGACAAUGCCUUCCGGCAGGCCAAGAUCCGAGAGCUGUACAUCCGCCACUGCGGGCUGGACUUCAUCUCGCCGGAAGCAUUUGCCGGCUUGGAAAGUUCGCUGCAGCUGUUGGAUUUGUCGGGGAACAAUUUGACCCACCUGGCCGACGAUUUGUUCCGUGGAUUCGACUAUUUGAGAUUCCUAAGCCUCAAGGACAAUGUCAUCAAACAAUUUGACCAACGCCACAAGUCACCCUUUGCCGGCCUGAACCUUUUCAAACUGGACACCACUGGACAUCAGAAUCAUCCAUUUACCCUCAAAGAACUCUCCGCCAUGAAGAAUCUGCGCUCGCUCUCAACGUCCCAUCUUCCGGCUAUGUCCCUGACCGCCGAAGAUUUCACCGAUUUCAGCCCAGAACUGGAAGAUCUCAGAAUCACGCGCGCUGGUUUGAAAUCCAUCAAAAACCGUGCCUUCGCUAACCUACGAGGGCUUAAACGAUUGGACCUCAGCGAAAAUCGCAUCGACAGUAUCGAGGCAAACGCUUUCAACGAAAUCGGACACAGCCUCGUAUCGCUCCGAAUAUCCCACGGUUUAGGUAUACAGAUGUUUCAAAUUCCUUACGAAUCGUUUCGACAACUGACGGCCCUUGAAGCGCUGGACCUGAGCAACAACAAGCUCAAAACUCUCAACGACAACAGCUUCCACUUUAUGGAAAAUCUCGUCACCUUGGAGUUGCACGACAAUCAAAUCGACGCCCUGCCGAAAGGAAUUUUCCAAGGGGACAUUCACAACAAAUUGAAAAUGGUGUCGCUCAGGUACAAUAACCUCAAGGAGCUUUCGACGCAUGCGUUUGCUGAUUUGGGAGAUUUGAAUGCCAUCUAUCUGGAUGACAACCGAAUCGAAUCGAUCGAUAAGCGUGCUUUUAUGAAUUUGAACAACCUCAAGGUGUUGAACCUGAGAGGAAACAAGCUGAACAAAAUUGCGGACGAAUCGUUUCAGAAUCUUCCAGAGCUUGAAAAACUCGACUUGGCUUACAAUGCUCUACCAUCUUUCGAUUUUGAUUAUUUUGAUCAGGUUGGUUCGUUGACAUCGUUGGAAGUGGACGUCAGCCAUAAUCGCAUCAGUGCACUCGGUGAAUUGUUCAUCCCGAGCACAAACGCGUCAUCUCCGGUGCAACAAGCGCAUGCUAAUAACGGCCGUGAACACGGGGUUCCACUCAGCAACAUAAAAAAUCUGGACAUGUCUAGCAAUAACAUUAGCAGAAUCGACAGCGAUUACUUCAAACCAGUAGAACUAUCGCUCGUGAAACUUUCACUGGCCGGUAAUCGAAUUAGCAACACGAGUCGCGAAGUUUUUGGAAAUCUACCGCUUCUUCAGUGGUUGAAUUUGGAACACAAUGUCAUCAAUGACAUUGAUUACGAUACGUUCUACAAUACCAAAAUGUUGCAAGUUUUGAAGCUGUCCAACAAUAUGAUAACAGAUAUACCGACGGAGCUGUUCCGUAAUAUACGGGGGCUUAGAGUAUUAGAAAUGGCUCAUAACCAUUUGAAGUAUUUACCGGAUGGACUGAUACUUCAGGAUGGAUUGGAAAGGUUAGAUCUAUCUCAUAAUCAGUUCACGAAGAUUCCAGCAACAGCAUUAUCCAACUUAGCAGCAAUGGCACUAUGUGAACUGGACUUGAGCCAUAACCAUAUCGGCGCUAUUCAUAGCGUUGAUUUAUCAAAUAAAUUUAGGUCCCUCUCAGUUCUGGACUUGUCCCAUAACCGAUUGGUUAGGCUGGAGGAUGCCGCCUUUGCUACUCUUCCCCGUCUAUCAUUACUAGAUCUAUCCCACAACGAUGAAUUGGAAGUAAUGGGCAAAGCAUUCAUAGGCCUGGAGAAUAGUCUGAUUGAACUACGUUUGACCAAUGUAUCGUUAACUGCCGUCCCGGAAAUCUCCAAUCCAUCACUACGGGUACUGAAAAUAUCGCACAACGAUCUGCCGUCCAUUCCACCAGAGCUAGCUGCCAACAUGUCAUCGCUACGUGAACUGGACCUAUCCGAAAAUGAUCUGACUUAUGUACCGCUGAUCACUCAUUCGUUACACAACUUGAAAUCGUUAUCUCUAUCGGGUAACCCAAUAACUAGUAUGACAAAUACCAGUCUUCUAGGAGCUGCUGAUACAUUGGAACAUCUUGAUAUUGCCAAUCUUAACCUGAAUGGCUUUGAGAACGGCGUUCUUAACAAGUUACAUUUCCUGCGAACCCUGAAGAUAUCAACAUAUCCAAAUAUUCAACAUUUCAAUAUCCCACGAGUUCUGGAGAAUGCCCACAACCUGCGAGAGCUUUGGAUUGAGGCCCCCAAACCACCAUCGCAACCCCGAUCAGACACUGCAGCAGCAGCUCCCAAAACUCCCAAGCCCGUAUCGAUUCCAACCAGCGAUAUGCGUCGAGAGAUGGAAGGAAUGCUGCCUCAGAAGCUUAAGAGCAUUACAUUCAGCGGUUCUGGGUUCAAUCGAUUAGCUGAUAAUGUCUUGAAAGGAAUCCAGUCGGUCUAUCUACAUCUAUCUCUCUACAAUACCUCCAUUGUAGAUUUGCCCAGCAACUUCUUCAAGAACAUUGGAAAGGCAGUUAGGAACAUUUCCUUGGAUUUGGAGUAUAGUAACGAUCAGUUAAAAAGCCUUCCUAAUCCGAAUUCCGCUCACUACUUACACCUGCCUGAACACGUGUUUUUAACUGAUCUACACAUUUCUGGAAACUCUCUGUCAUGCGAUUGUGAAAUUGGCUGGAUCGAGUUUUGGCAGCGAAAACGUCGCCAAUACAUAUGCCCGGCUCAUCCCUGGACCGAAAGCUCCAGCUUCAACGGUCACCACAAACAUCUAGUGAGUUCCCUGAUGACGCAUUCCAGCGAUGACUGCGAAGACUCGGCUGACGAUCUGCGAGAAGCUACAUGCAGCAACAAAAAGGACGAAAACCUACUGGAAGUGCUCAAACGGGAUUUGGAAUGCGGCUGGGGAAGUGCAGCGCCGAAGCUGGGCAUUGUGCCCGGGAUAGCGUUCGUUUCGGUGUUCGUCGUCCUACUUAUCUGACUCAUUCGGUAUUUGUUCAAAAUGUACAGCGAGUUCUACGACUAUCUGGAGCAAUUAUAUAGCGACCGUGGUGCAAUGAAUGGUUCCGCCGCAGCCGUGUCGUACGUGGACGAUGCUUGCGAUUUCGGUAGUGAGUUUGAUCUGGAGCUGGAAGAACUGUGAGCCGGGCAAACCGGAAAAUCUGAUCAUUAUUGCGUUUAGUUUUGAUUUUGUGGUUUCAGUCGUUGUUUUUUGUUUGGCUGCUUUUUGAAUUCAUUCCAUUUAAUAACAAAUGAACAAAUGAUGCAUUUUAAGUUAUUUAUAGCUUUUAGGAUGUUUUGAUGAAAUAUUUUACCAUGCAAGCCGUGAAUUCAAUGUGCCAACAUGUUUAUAGAAAAAUAGUUUAAUAAAGUAACCCAUUGUAAA